AUGUUGCAAUCCCUCGUCAUCAACGACCCGCUAGGGCGCCCCUACAAUGACACUAAGGCGCUCUUCAGAGCCCUGCUUGCCGCGCUGAGCCUGGUGUCGGUGUUCCCCGGCUUCGAGGUCGUCGACUCUGGCACGACGCGGUACUACAAACUUAGUUCGCCGUGGGGGGCGGCGCGGCCUCGCGGGCCCGCUAGUGGCGCAGGCGACGCGGACCGAAUCGUGCUGCCUGCCCGCGAUGACUACCGGGUACCUAAGUGGAGGGGUACGUACGUGGCGGCAGCAUUCACACCACGGUCUGGAACUACUCGCUUUGCCGAGGACCUGGCCCACACGCCUUCUGGUGCUGGUGGCGUGUCCAGACCGAGGCCAACCUUGCAUCGCAUGAUGGCGAGUGCGGUUAAGCUUAAGGGCGUGUCGUUCGAUAUUGACGCCUAG